AUGCAUGACGGCGACGCCUAUGAGCAUGAAUAUGAUCGUGACGAACACGAACAGGUCGAAGCGGUGCUGCAGCCCCAGCCAGACCAGUAUGUCCCCCUCGAACAUGAACUGCAGCGCGCUCUUCCGCUGACCGUCUGGCAGGAAGGGUAUCAUGAGGCAGAACUGCGAGGGAACGCUGCAGACGAGGAACGCGCUGAGCGCGAGGGCGAGCGAGUUGUCCGUGAGCAGCUUCCGCUUCUGGAAGUACUGCGUGUUGAGCAGUAUGCGGCAGAAGUCGAAGAAGUGGUCGAGGUUGGCCAGCGUGAUGAUCAUGAGCAGCAGGGCGCUGAUCCGCGAGACGGUGAGAUCCAGGUACGACGGCGGCUCGCUGCGCAUAAGCACGUCGCUGAUGAACCGCCUGACGAAGUUAUCCUGGAUGUACAGGUAGUACACCUCCGCCAGCACCUUGGUCCUCCCCUCGCGGUCGGCCCUCUCUAUGUACGGCACCUGGUUGACCUUGAUGAUGCGGUACAACACGACGAGAAUGGUGCGAAUUGCCCACAGCACCUCGCAGUAACGCAUCAUUAUGCGAAACUGGCCGAACUUCGUUUUCCACAGCUGGCGUUGUUGCCGUAUAUCCAGCAGGUACGCACGCUCCUGCCGAAUGUACGCCUAUUUUUGCUUGGUUGUCCCCCGUACCACCAAAUUGGGAUCCCGGUUCCACGUCCAUGGGCUUCGUACCACGUUCGUCACGUACCCGUUCACCUGUCGGAAAACGUUCCUGUAAACGCUUGCGACUGCCCCGACUGUUGCAGUUUCCUCAGGCAUGUACGUGGCGCAGGACUGGUCAUCUGUUACUUCCUCCAUUUCGUGCUCUAUGCUGUCCCCCGCCGAACUGCUCCGCUCCAUGCGGUCCAUGUAGUGGCUCGUGCGGAAGAAUCCUGUCGGCUCUGCCUCAAACUCCUCAUCCGCACUUUCCUGCUCGCUGCAUUCCGCUACAAGGCUCGUCAAUGGAUCAUUUUGCUUCAGUAUUUCGUCCCUGAGAUGCUGUAUCGCCAUCGUGGCAUCGGCAAUGCGGUUGUCAACCUGAGUGGUGCUCAGAACAUCCUUGCGCGUGACGUAUACGCGAUACGGCACGUAUACACUCGUAAACCCAGUGAGAAUGGCGAUAAAUGCGAGGCCGAAGCUGCUCAUGCUCAGCGCGUCGAAUAUGACACUGGACGUGUCAGUCUGGGUCUUCAGGAACAACAGCUCGCUCAGCAUGGCCCGGGUUAA